CGAACCACACUUUCGCCUCCUUCCACUGUCUUGCGGUAGAGCGCGCGAGGGUUUCGCAGCACGGCGGAGGAGAAGGGACAUGGCGGAGGUCGAGAAAUCCAAGAAUCUGGACAAGGUCCUCAAGCCCUUCUACCAGAGGGCCUCCGAGGCCGAGGACCGGUUAGCAAAAUUGGAGGCUUUGCUUGCUAAGAAAGGUGAUUCGGACAAUGAAAACAAGGAAAUAUCAUCUGUAAUAAAAGACUUCCAAGCAAAGCUAGAAACUGCACAAGCGGAGCUCAUGUCUGAGCGAGAAAAGGCUUCAAAGGAGAUCCAGAAACUUGCAGCAGAGAACCUGAAGCUUCAAUAUCGUAUCACUCAUCUUGUUCGGGCAUUGAAGGAGGCAGAUGCUAAGUUGGUGGAAUUAAAAGAAUGAAGUGCUCGUGACCCAAAGCUGUUUGUAUUGGACUCCACCUUUUGUGUUUUACAAAUCGGUCACCCAUACGCUGCAGCUUGUUUGAAAGAGCUCUGUGAUCUUAUGUGUUCUGCUUGAUGUAAUAUUUCACCCUGAAUUAUGAUAUUGAUUAUUAUUGAAGGAUGGAUGUUAUGAGUUGUCUACUUUCAAAUGUUGUCCCUUUAUGUUCUAAUUAACUCUGAAAAUAUGUCAAAACCCCUUAUAUUUUAAUUUUACUAUAAAGUUCAGAAAUCCAAUGAUUUACCAAUA